AUGGAAAUGAUCCCUUCUAUGCCAUUGGAGAUGGAGACAUCGAGAUGCUCUGUUAUGACUUGCUCCAUAUGCAGAGCGGUCGAAGAUGCGGUUGUGGAAGAGGAUGAAGUAGAAGGGGAUGCAGCAGAUGAGGUAGUGACAGACAUCAUGGAUCAGGCAGGUGGAGCUGUUGAGAACGUGGCUGAUUAG